CAGUGCGCCGGCCACCUGCCCUCCCUCGCCCGCACAGGACCCGCAGCCAUGGUGCGCAAGCUGCGGUUCCACGAGCAGAAGCUGUUGAAGAAGGUGGACUUCAUCUCGUGGGAGGCGGAUGGCAACCUGAGCGAAGUGAAGGUGCUGCGGCGAUACCGCAUCCAGCGCAGGGAGGACUACACCGUAUACAAUAAGCUGAGCAGAGAAGUUCGAGAAUUGGCUCGCAAGAUCCGAGACCUUGAUGUGAAGGAUUCCUUCCGAGCCAAGAGCACCAGUCAAUUGCUGGAGAAACUAUAUUCAUUGGGCCUGAUCUCCACAAGGCAAGGACUACAACUCUGUGAGAAAGUGUCAGCAUCAUCAUUCUGCAGGAGGCGUCUCCCCACUAUAAUGAUAAAGCUGCAUAUGGCCGAGAACCUGAAAACAGCAAUUACUUUCAUUGAGCAAGGACAUAUACGAAUUGGACCAGAAGUCAUAACCGAUCCUGCAUUCAUAGUGACAAGAAAUAUGGAAGACUUUAUAACCUGGGUGGACUCUUCAAAGAUCAAACGACAUGUAAUGGAGUAUAAUGAAGAGAGAGAUGACUUUGACCUGGUUGUCUAGUUCUUCUUUCCCCUGAUUGGCCUGCGCGUUACUUUAAGUGGAGUGAAUCGAACUCUCGGUGCCCUAACCUGCUCCAGUGGCCACUUGGUCCUUGUGGCAUGUCUAUAUCACAAGCUUGUUCGUAACUGGAUUUGAGUUUCCGAUGUGCACUACCAAUAACUAACGUCAGUGUCAUCAUCUUUGUAAUACUCUGGAUAUUUUCAUUCAUUUUAUAAAAUUCUGACUUUACAAUGUGGUUGAUCACUAAUUGGAUGCAAUAAACAACUUUUACAAUCUU